GCUGCAUGGCUUAACAUGUGUCAUGUCUGAUUUAACUAAAGACAAUAUUCUCUUACUAGACCACAAACGGUUGUUUUACAGCUUCUCAUUGACUCGAAACAGCUUUUUUCGCUCUGUCCUGCACUUCUCUUGCCCUCCUGCAGAGGACGCUUGACUGUCAGGUGCAGACUUCAGACUCAUUUACAUAAAGUGAACAUGAGACUUCCAAGCUUUGCUCAGAGCAGGAAGAGUAUUGUUUCCUGUUUGCCUCACAGCAGGAUUGUCCCGUGGACUCAUCGUAGAAACUGAUCAGGAUUUUUUUCUUCCAACUUCCUCUGGUUUUUGUCUUUUUCUUUUUUUUUUCAAACACACAUAAGAAGUGUUUAGAUCAGAGAUUCUGACCUUUGGACCGGUUUGGACCGGCAGACGUGUCACAUUCCAGUCACCCUGAACAGGCCGCUGACACCGCCACCCCUGGAGGGAAAAUGUCUUCCUUCAAAGGACAGUGCUCCCAUAAAAGCAUCCCAGUUGAGAUGGACGAGAGGAUGAGUCCCUGCGACCCUGAUUACGGUCCCCACGUCUGUGAAUGCAAUGAACAGGAGGGAGGCAUGAGCAGGCAACGUGAGGGGUGUGGCGGAGUUCUUCCGAAGGAAGACAGCAGGACUGAUCAGAGACACCCACCCACAAGUACUGCAAAUUGGUGGAAUCCCUCCGUUGCAGGUCCUACCAGCGUCACACCACACAGACUACCACAUUUUCACCAGUAUGACGUCAACACGUCGGCGUAUUACCACGAUCCAUCUGAUGUGUCCUUGGAACCACCAGGGCCUCUCAUAUCCAAUUGUGGGCCAUUGGUUCCGCAAAGGUACCCGGUACAAAAACAAGGUGGUGUUCCCACUGGUCACAGACAGUAUGCAUGCUGCCCCCCCGACCAUCACCAUAACUUCAUGAGGCCCCCACAUGAGAACACUCCGCGUGACAUGCUCCAACCUAGAAAUGCUGGACAAGCUUCGUCACCGCAGAAAGCGGCGGCUCCCAUAGAUGUGAUGCAUGAGCGCAGCGUGGACCCCUGUGUUCUGCCGGGCCCAGGACCGGUCACGAGGGAGGUCCGACGGACCAUCAGCCUUCCUGAGGAGAGCAGAAAAGUCUUCAUUACGUAUUCAAUGGACAUAGCCAAGGAAAUCAUCCCCUUCACCACGUUUCUGAUCAACCAGGGCUUCAAACCAGAAUGCGACAUAUUCGACACCCCCAUCAGGAGAAUGGGCAUCACCAAGUGGAUGGACAGCUUUCUAAAUGACAAAUCGGUGCUCAUCAUCGUGGUCAUCAGCCCCAAGUACAAGAAGGACGUGGAGGGAGGAGGAGACGACGAGCACAGCCAGCACACCAAGUAUAUCCACAAUCAGAUCCAGAAUGAGUACAUUCAGCAGGGCUGCCUGAACUUCAGAUUGGUUCCGGUCUUGUUUUCCAAUGCAACUAAGUUCAGACGAUCCAACUCUCUUUACCUCCUUUUGGCAGGCAGACGUUCCCAGCUGGAUGAAGAACACCCGGAUCUACCGCUGGCCCGCCGACAACCAAGAACUUGUGCUGCGUCUACUGAGAGAGGAGCGCUACAUCAUCCCUCAGCCAACCCCUGAAGUCAACAUAUUCAUCCGUCCUGUCUGAACCAUUCAAGGACAAAUCUGGAUUUAUACUGAGUUUCCUAUUUCUGAUCCAUUGUGGACCUUUGGUUUAGGAAUUACUUUUUCACUUGUUGAUCUCAGAGUGUAUGUGACAGAAUUUAACCUUUGACAAACUCUUACCUGAAACACUUGUGAAAGUGUUUAUUGAGCUUUAUUCCAAGGUUGUUUACUAUUUUUCUAAUUCAUCCAUGGUUUGAUUUACUUAUCUUUUUUUUAAAACACACUACAGAAGAUUUAAGCUUAUGGUUGCCAUCACAAACCAGCAGGUGGCACCACGUCUCCAUCAAGGAAAACCCCUGUUUUCUUUGUAUUUCUUCACAAUAAAGGAAUAAAUUGCUGAAAUA